UUAUGUUAAAAGGAGGUAUAACCUAGCACCGAAUUUUAAAAGGUUUUGUUUCUGUCUAUCCCCUUUCCCAUUUGAAAAUUGAAAAUUGAAAAUUGAAAGUUGAAAGUCGCAAUCGUCUUUCUUCUCUCAAGUUUCAACUUCACUUCCUCACUAGCAGCAGAUAGAAAACUUAUUGCCAUGGAAGAUCAUCCCCAUGACGAAUCCUUCCAUCUUCAAGAGAUUCACAGCCGCGUAAAAGAGCUCGAGCACCGUCACCGUAAUUGCAUAGACGAAUCUGGAGAAUCGAUUCCUUGCGGUUUCGAGGCUUUGGCACAAGAUUAUGCUCUUCAGCUUGAGACAAAGGUGAAAGAGAUUGUUGAAGAUUAUUGCCAUGUUGAAGAGUCAGAGGCUUACUUGGAGUAUUUACGAAAGGAGCUUCAUUCCGCUGAGGCUGAAACUGCCAAGGUUUCUCAAGAAAUUGAGCGUCUUUCCAAAGCUCAUGCGGAAGACUCUACUAGGCUGGAAUCGGAUCUUGAAGGUCUUCUAUUCUCACUUGAUUUUCUCUCAUCUCAGGAUGUGGACAAGUCAAAAGAGAACCUGCCGUCCAGCAGCUCAAUGGAAGUAUGUGAUGUGGAUUAUGACGAGAAAUUUAAGAUGUUUGAACUUGAGAAUCAGAUUGAGGAGAAAAAGGUGAUUCUCAAGUCAUUAGAAGAUCUGGAUUCUGUACGUGAAAGGCUUGAUGCUACAGAACAGGUUGAGGACGCAUUCACAGGCUUGAGGGUUCUCAAGUUUGAUGAAAACUUCAUUACGCUCCAACUGCGAACAUGUAUUCCAAAACUAGAUGGCUUGCUUGGACAGCACGACCUUGUGCACACUACUGAACCAUCUGAAUUGAUCCAUGAAUUGCUAAUUCAUCUCAAGGAUAAAACUACAGAGAUAACAAAAGUUGAGAUGCUUCCAAAUGAUGUAUACAUAGGAGACAUCAUUGACGCUGCUGAUUCUCUCAGGCAGAUAAGAUUACACUCUGCAUUGCUAGACACAAGAUCUUCACUCCAGUGGCUUGUCGCCAAGGUGACAGAAAGAAUUAUUUCGGCCACUUUAAGAAAAUGUAUGGCGAAAAGUUCGAAAACAAUCAGGCACACGUUCGAAUACUACGACAAAGAUGAAACAAUUGUGGCUCAUAUAGCCGGAGGUAUCGAUGCAUUUUUAAAAGUCUCUGAUGGUUGGCCGCUGCUGAAUUCUCCACUAAAGCUCGCAUCUCUCAAGAACUCUGAGAAUCAUUCAAAUGGAAUCUCGCUGAGCCUAAUCUGCAAAGUAGAAGAACUAGCGAAUUCACUGGAUUUACAGACCCGGCAAAACUUAUCAAGCUUCAUGGAUGCUAUUGAGAAGAUACUUAUGCAGCAAAGUCGUGAGGAACUCAAUUCCAGUGAACCUUCCCAAAAGUGAGUUACCAAGAAAACGUCCUUACCUCCAUAACCUAACAUGUUUUGAGAAGUUUGUUGCGUGUUUGCUAUCUGCAACCCUUUUGUUGUAAUACUUUUGACAUAACUUCUGCCCCGGGUCAAAUCAUAUCUAAUGAUGAAGCUUUGUUUUGCUUUAUGCUUAUGAAAAGAGCAAAUGUGAUUAACAGAUUUGACAUGAAAGAGCCAAACUUUUAUUGUCCUAUAA